AUGGCGACGCAGACGGUACACGCCCACGCGGGCCACGCCCAUUCAAGCUCCACCUCCUCAUAUCCCCCGCGGCCUGCGUCUCCAACAUUGACGAAUCCCGACAUGAUUCUCCCCGACUACGAUCGCUCACCUUCUCCCGACCGAUCCCACUCUCCGCUGACUAUGUGGAAAAAUGCACAUACUGUCGACAUGAAUAUGCAGUUCCAGUUUCCGCCGAGCGCAUAUGUCGCUGGCCCUAUCACCCCUACUACACCAAUCAUCUAUGGCAACGGAACCAUGUUGUCCGACAUUGGUGAAGUCACCGAGGCCGAGAGCACACCUGGUAGAGCUUCGCGCCCGACUUCCAUUAUUUGGUCCCGACCCAACAACAGAGGCGCCGACGAACCACGAUAUCCGUCGCCCACCAAAGCGCUUGAAAGCCUAAAGCAACGAGCAGCGCGAGCAACGCGCGAACGCCGAUCCUCCAACGACUCUACAAGCACAAUCACCACCACGCAAGACCAAAACGCCUUGUUCGCCGAGUUUGACGAUACCGUUAGCGUCGACGACAGCAACUUCCAAGGCGACGACGAGGAAAGUGUGGCGGAAUCGUACGCAGAAGACGUGUCUGUUCAUCAAGCGCAGGCCAUCUCGCAACCUAUCAGGGUAUCACCCCUCGACGAUCCUAACAGAUACUCAACUGCUCUUAUAAGCCGCAGAGCUGAGCAAAUCCUAGCAAAUGCCAAGCGGAGGCUGACCACCAUGGAAGGCAACCUAUCAAGGGCGCGGAGUUCCUUGAGCAUCUCGACUCCCUCAAUGUCUUCUUUCGAGGGCAACCACUCGACCCCUUCUCCCCCGAUAAGGUCGUCCUCUUCCGCAACCUCUCCGACGUCUGGUCAUGGGCAUGGUAGGAUGUUAAGUGACACAUCGAUUAAUUUUGAUGCAAACGCUGCGGGCAAUGUUCCUCGGCGGUCCGCGAGUGCGAUGGGGGCAGCGGGGGGAUACCGACAACCCCUAUCUGUGCGGAAAGUGUCGCACGACGCCGCCAUCGACCGUCUCGACUCGGGAGGGGAGGGGCAGCCGCGUUACAAGGCCGCUCAAGAAAUCGGCCUGGAGCCCCUGGGGGAGGACGAAGUGGCACAAGAAUUCCACUCGGGCAGUGACAGCACCCGACAGGAAAGUCUCUUGAGCCCAACAUUCAGCUCUUCGAGUCGUGAUAGGCCACUGACACGCUCGGCGUCGGUGGCGCAGAUGCGCGAUAUCAGGGGUCAGGUGCAAGAUCUGAAAGGGAAGAUCUCAUCUUUGAGGGAGCAAGCGCGUGCCGACAGCAUGCGACGACGCAGCAUGCAGAGUCUGCGAAAUCCCAGUCCGUUUACUCACGCUCAGGUUGACCAGUGGUAUGCCGAGCCUCGGAAGCAGCAAUCGCCGGAGGCAUUGACUGUUACUUCGGACAAGAAUCCAUGGAAUGCGGACGCGGUGAGCGUUGAUGGUUUGGUCCAAGAGCGUGAAGAUGUAGACGGCGCAAGGGAGCCCUCACUUGUAGAUGAUGAGUCAAUUAUCGAGGAUUACGACGCUGCGCAAGAGGCCAUUCGGCAGGAAGAAAGGCAAAAGGCCCUAGAUGCAAUGGAGGCAAAUCAAGAGUUGGAUGAUGUGGCUGUUCAAGACGACGACAUAUCUGACAUGCAUACCGAGGACGGUUUCGAAGACAGCGUGCAAGUCCAGGAGGGGGAGGGGUACGAGAGCGAGAGUGGAGAUUCACUCUAUCACGAUACCGUCCAGACUUUCAUGUCUCAUGAAGACCGCGAAGACGCGUUCGACUAUGAGCACUUCUUCCUUCACAGCGCAAUGGGCUCUCUGACUCAACAGCGUCGUGGCAGUGUUACUUCCGAGAGUUCUGUCGAAACGACCCGUGGGCCUAUCACCAACGAGACGAUUCGGCCGAUAUCGAUCAACAGAAGGGGCAGCGGUGACACGACCUCGACCAUUGAGUCGUUCGCCACGGCAUACGAGGGUCGAUCCAGUCGAGUUAGCACCAGCGAUACUGGCGAGGAGCUGAGGCACGGCAUUCUCACGCCGCCCAGCAUCAGUCCCAUCAGUGAACAUACCGAGAGCCCUUCAACCGCCAAGAGAUCUACUAUUGGCAGUACCCUGGGCGGCGAGGAUGUUCUGGACGAACUACGAAGCCGUGCACGUGCCGGGUCGACGGCCUAUCGCCGGCCCAUGAGUACUCAGGCAACCAUGGGUCACCGCCAUGCGACUGCAUCCUUCGACUCGACAGGCACCAACCGAAGUUUUCCGCUGGUGGGCAAGGCGCGUGUCAGCGUUGGUGUUCCGACGCCUCAGGGCUCUCCCGAGCUGGAGCUCAAGACCAUCUCGGAUGCCUUGAUGAGCGAGACUGCGAGCAUUUGCGAUAAGGAGAGCAUGCACACGCCGAACCAGCUUGCUCCGAUGGAGCAGCUGGCCAAAGAGGACCAGAUCCUGGUCGAACGCUUCGUGGCCAGCUUGGGACGUUGCGUGCUCGCGAUGAGCGAGGCCGGCAAGGCCUCUGCAGAGAGCCGAAUGUAUAGGAGGCGCAUCGACAUGGCGCGCAGGGUUUUGGAGGGCAUUGGCGAAACUUGA